AUGUUAAUUCCGAUGGCGGCUAGAAUUAGGUUGAUUUCGGCUAGGGCCAGGUGUACCACUUUCAUUCGAGAGCCAACAUGGGUUGCUGUCAGUGGCUUUUCUGGUUUUCAACCACGGAGGUUCGAGCCGGAUGAGAAGGACAGGUUCACAAAGGAUCCGAAGGCAUUGCAUACCUUCCGACGUUGGCUCGAGCACAAUGCAAACAAAACAUAUCCUUUGUUCUUCGCAAGAUCGGAGGCCCAAGAGGAGGCACGUAACGAAUUUGUUAAUUCCAUGAGAGAUGCUCUCAAGAACCCGGGUCUGGAAGAGAAAGUCAUUCCUCCAUGGGCAGUUGGCUGUCGACGGUUAACCCCCGGUGUCGGAUACCUAGAAUCUCUGAACGAUCUAAAAACCGCCGUUGUCUAUGGUGAGAUUAAUAGAAUCACCAAUCGCGGCUGUCAAAUGGAGGAUGGACAGUACUUCCCGCUCACGGGCUUGAAUGGUAGACAGCUUUCUGAUGAUUGGAAAGACGAGCCUAGGUCGUACCUCGGAAUUGCUGCUGCAGGCUACCCCAACUAUUAUAUGUUCCUCGCGCCUAACAGCCCUAUUGGUAAUGGACCAGUACUGGUGGGCACUGAGGCCCAAGCGGACUACAUUUGCAAACACAUCACGCGUAUUCAGCAGCAAGGCAUAAAGUCGAUUGAGGUGACUAAGGAAGCCGUGGACGAUUUCAUCGAGCACAAGGAUCAAUAUAUGAAAGAUAUGGUCUGGAAUGAAGAUUGUCGGUCCUGGUACAAAGGCAACACAGCGGACGGCAAGAUCGUUGCCUUGUGGCCGGGGAGUACACUUCACUAUAUCGACACUCUUCGGCAGGUUCGAUAUGAGGACUUCAAAGUACAAUACUUCGGAUAUCAUUUUAGCUACUUGGGAAACGGCAUGAGCAAACUUGAGAUGGCCCCGGACGCUGACCUGGCGUACUAUAUACGCCAAAGAGAUGACGCCCCCAUCAUUGGGGCCAAGUUCGUCUACAAGAAGGCAGGCCCUGAGCUGACUGCUAUCAAUAUGACAGCUGCCAAAGCAUCAGAGGAAACGACGACUGAUGUGUCUCGCUUGAAGUUUACUAACAGGUCCGUCCCUGGAUAA